AUGGCGACGUACCGUACUGAUGCAUCACUAGACCGAGCUACAGCUCGCACUCAUCAGCGUGCCCAGAGCGAGCCGUUAUACCCGGUCAUCAGUGAUAGGUACGACAUCAUGGCCGACUUGCCACAGGGCUACCAGCUCCGUUCGUUCCGAUCAUGCUCAACGCCAAACCAAUUGCAGAACGCCGUGAGGGCCAUUUAUGAGCAGUUGGAGCACGACAAUGGGGAAGGCAACCAAUGGUUGGUCAUCAGAGGCCUGUCCCAAGCGGCCAUUGAAAGGCUAAGCAACCGCACCGGCUGCCUGGCGGGUAUUCCUUUUCGGUUCAUGUGGGUUGGGACCACUGGCCUGAUCAAAGUCGUCCCGACUGGUGCACAUGACAUAACCACGUCGGAGCUGAGGUCCUACAUUGAAGACCAGCGCCGGCAGAUGGGAAUGCCACGCCUUGACAUUCUCUGGGGAUCCACAGUCACUACGCCCGGCACCGUGACUACCCACGGCAAAGAGGCAGACGAGUGCAUCUACCCACGUGGCCGGGAGCCUCUUGGUAGCCAAUUUCGUGGCUGGCCAACUCUCGUCGUAGAAACGGGCGUUUCGGAGUCUUUGGCAAAGCUCCGGAGAGACGCCACUUGGUGGUUUCAAAAUUCUUCCGGGGACACCAGAAUCGUUCUUCUUAUCUCGAUCAAGAGAUCCACGAAGCAAAUUACGAUCGAAAAAUGGCAGCUCGCCCCUCCGAAUCUUCCAAGACCAUUGACGAGGCAAGCAAUCGCUCAGCUGCGCCAGCAGCCUAACCAGAUGCCCCCGCUUGUCCAACAACAGGCAGGCAGCCAAGUUGCUUUCUCCAUUCAGGAAAUCGUCAUAACGCCUGCAGCGAUUACUGGAGGGCCUCUUGUCAUUCCCUUCCAGGCACUGGCUGAUCGCCAGCCUACUGGAGCUGAAGGGGAUAUAGUCAUCAACAACCAGGGCUGGCGUGAAAUUACACGUUGUGUUUAA